CAAGGAUCUAAGCAUUAUAUUUGUAUCAGAAGAUCGAAAAUGACUUGAGGACUUAAAAGUUGCAGGAUGAGCAAGAAGGAUCCCAGCAAGCUUUACAUCAAGCCAGACUCUGUGACACCCAAGCUUGACACAUCAAAGUGGCCUCUUUUGCUGAAGAACUAUGACAAGCUUAAUGUGAGGACUGGACACUACACACCGAUUCCCGCCGGACACACGCCCCUGCGCAGACCUCUUGAGGACCAUGUCAGAUAUGGGGUCAUCAACCUGGACAAGCCCUCCAACCCCUCCUCUCACGAGGUCGUGGCGUGGAUCAGGCGCAUCCUUCGAGUCAACAAGACUGGCCACAGCGGAACCCUGGACCCAAAGGUGACAGGCAGCCUCAUCGUCUGCGUGGAGAGGGCCACCAGGCUAGUAAAGUCGCAGCAGGGGGCAGGCAAGGAGUACGUCUGCAUUGCACGCCUGCACUCAAAAGUCCCAGGAGGAGCCGCAGCCGUGUCUCGCGCCCUGACAUCGCUCAGAGGCGCCCUGUUCCAGCGGCCUCCCCUCAUCUCAGCAGUGAAAAGGCAGCUGCGCGUGCGCACCAUCUUUGACAGCAAGAUGCUGGAGUUCGACGAGGACAGGCAGCUCGUAGUGUUCUGGAUCUCCUGCGAGGCGGGCACCUACGUGCGUACCAUGUGCGUGCACUUGGGGCUCAUGCUGGGUGUGGGCGCUCACAUGCAGGAGCUGCGGCGUGUGAGGUCUGGCAUCGUGGGGGAGAAGGACAACCUGGUGACCAUGCAUGACAUCCUGGACGCACAGUGGGUCUACGACAACACCAAGGAUGAGUCGUACCUGCGCCGCGCCAUCAUGCCCCUAGAAGCCGUGCUGACCACGUACAAGCGGCUGGUGGUCAAGGACAGCGCGGUCAACGCGAUCUGCUACGGCGCCAAGCUGAUGCUGCCGGGGCUGCUGCGCUACGAGAACGGCAUCGAGGUCGACGAUGAGGUGGUCAUGAUUACUACCAAGGGCGAGGCCAUCGCCAUUGGUAUUGCGCAGAUGACAACCUCGACAAUUGCAACCUGCGAUCACGGCUGCGCUGCCAAGGUGAAGCGGGUGGUGAUGGAGAGGGACACAUACCCUCGCCGCUGGGGGCUGGGCCCAGUGGCGUCCAAGAAGAAACAGAUGAAGAUCGAGGGCGAGGCAAACGGCGCCAAGCCUGCCGACAAGCCGGCCGCCAAGGCCGAGGAGGAAACUAAUGGCAGCUGAGAGGCUAUUCUAAUCCGGAGCGGCAGUCUCUCCAGUGAUCUUGGUAGCUCUGGGCAGCC